GCCCCUCUUAAACCCACCGCAGCACACAGCAGGCAGCACACUGCGCAAGCGUCGUCCCCUUUUCUCGACUUCAAAGUUCUCAGCUUUUUCCUCAAGAAGCGCUCGUCCGUUCGGUGCUUUCGUCCCCUUUUCUCCGCCAGCUUUCUUGAUCCAUGGAGGCCUUUUCGAGCGCGGUCUUCGCGUCCCGAGUCCCCGAGGCGCGCCCGGUUCUGGGCAGCCCCGUUUGUUCGAUCAGGCCGCUGCCCCACCAGGGAAUUGGGUGUCUCCGGAUGCCCGAAAGUUGCCACCUUGGCGGGCUCAGAGCUUGCGCCUUGGCGUCCCCGGGGUUCGGCGAGGGCGCGGAGGAUAGGCCGUCGGAGAACGGGAUCGAUUUGAUGCCCGGGGAUGCUGUCUCUCCUUCGCAGGGUGAUGUGGGUCUGAGCCAACACAGUGCAAUGAAUGUGGAUAAAACCUUGGAGAAUGAGAUGCCUCUUUCAGUCCCAUAUGGAAGUGGCACGAGGGCUGGGCUUUUCAGAACACCAAUAUCUGGUGGGGUCCAAAGUGCAACCUCGGCUCAUGGUUUACCUCGGCCAGCCUUGGCAGUUCGCAAUCUGAUGGAGCAGGCCAGAUUUGCUCAUUUGUGCACCGUAAUGUCUCGGAUGCAUCAUCGACGGGAAGGAUACCCAUUUGGUUCACUGGUGGAUUUUGCACCUGAUCCCAUGGGCCAUCCCAUAUUUUCAUUUUCACCCUUGGCAAUCCACACAAGGAACUUAUUGGCAGACCCAAAAUGCAGCCUAGUUGUGCAAAUACCUGGAUGGAGUAGCUUGUCAAACGCGAGGGUGACCAUUUUUGGUGAUGUUUAUCCCCUUUCAGUAGACCAGCAGGAAUGGGCGCAUAAGCAAUACAUUGCUAAACAUCAGCAAGGGCCUUCCCAGCAGUGGGGGAAUUUCUACUAUUUUAGAAUGCAGAAUAUCAGUGAUAUAUACUUCAUUGGAGGCUUUGGCACUGUUGCCUGGGUGGAUGUCAAGGAGUAUGAGUCCUUAGAACCUGAUAAAAUUGCAGUUGAUGGAGGCGAGCAAAAUUUAAAGGAACUCAAUGCACUAUUUUCUAAGCCCUUAAAAAAGCUUCUGUCGACUGAAAGUGAGGUAGACGAUGCUGCUCUUAUAUCAAUAGACAGCAAGGGAACUGAUAUUCGUGUCCGGCAAGGUGCACAGUUCUUCUUCUGCAGUUUAAUAUACAGAGGAUAUCAUUUGAUGAAGGGCAUGCUGUCGAAACCUUGGAGGAAGCCAAGGCUGCCCUUUGGAAGCUAAUCAAUAAGGGUAAAGUGCCAUAUUUGCAAAAAUAGACGACAGGGUUGAUGUCAAGGCAAAUCUUGAUCUUUCAGGUCCUUGUUCACCAAAGAGGUGAUCAGAAGCGAGUGAUGGAUGACAAAGCUACCAAGCCGAUCAUUACAUCAUUAAAGUUUUGCUGUACUUGAAAAUGUUUGUAUAAAUUAGGCAACGCGAGUAAAGUAAUUAGGUACUCUCGUGCUACUAUAGUUUGUUCUUGCUUCUUGGCAAUCGGUGAUUUUCGGUAAACUGGUGUCAUGUUUUUAGUUUCUCUCGCGGGAUCGAACUCUCGGAGAGGAUGGACCGAUGCACACUUUUAACUGCGCGCUAUCAUACUCUUUCAGCACUGUCCCUUUGGGGGAAUACCAGUUUAACAGGCUGUGUUGGAAGUAGUGAGGAUCGCGUUGCGAAUAUUUUGAGUUCCAUAAUAAUUUUGAUGAUCUAA